AUGUCCAACCGCGUCCUGAUAGCCGGCGGCGGCCUCGGCGGCCUCGCCCUAGCCCAAGGUCUCCGCAAGCACAACAUCCCCUUCAGCGUCUUCGAACGAGACGCAAAGCAAGACUUUCGCGCCCAAGGCUACAGACUACGCGUGUCGCAAGAAGAUCUCCGCACCCUCCUCACCCCCGGAAUAUGGUCCCUAUUCGAGAAAACUGCUGCCCUGGAUGACGGUCUCCCAGGUGUCGGAGUCCGACUCGACGCACUGACCGGAGAACCCCUCCCCGCUGGUGGUGGUGGUCCGCCGCCCGGGAUCCACGGAGCCAGACCGUACACUGUGGACCGGGGGACGAUGCGCGAGGUCCUUCUGCAGGGUCUUGGGGAGGAGAAUGUGCAUUUCGGGAAGCGGUUCGAGCGGUAUGAGGUGAAGGAUGAUUGUGUAGUCGCGCAUUUCGCGGACGGGAGUUCCGCGGUUGGAGGGUUGCUUGUUGGUGCGGAUGGAGCGAGGUCGCGGGUUAGGAGGCAGUUGGUGCCGUGGUAUCCAUUUGUGGAUACGGGGAUGAGAAUGAUCUUUGGGAAGACGGGGAUCACGGAGGAUGUGGAGGGGAGGUUGAAUGAAUGCGCCAGGAGGGGGAUGUCGCUUGCGAGGGAUUUGAGGGAGGCGCCGAAGACGUUGUUGUUUGAGCCGAUGAGGAUGCCGAAGGGUGACGUUGAAUUUGAGGGAGGAAGCGUUAAGUUGCCGGAGGAUUAUCUGUAUUGGGUGUUGCUUGUUCAUCGGUCUUUUGUGAAUAUGCCAGAUGAGAAGGUUCUCAGGUUGGAUGGGGAGGAGUCGGCUCGGUUGUCGCUUGAGUUGACGAGUGAUUGGCAUCCCUCUGUGAGGGUUUUGCUGGAGGAGCAGGAUGUCGAGCAGACUUCAACGCUGAGGAUGGCGUCUGUUAGGCCGGAUUUGCCGGCUUGGGAGAGUAAUUCGAGGGUCACGCUUCUUGGGGAUGCGGUUCAUGUUAUGCCGCCCACUGGUGGGCAGGGGGUGAAUACGGCAUUGAGAGAUGCGGCGGUGCUGGUUGAGAGGAUGGUGGAGGCCAAGGAGGGUGGGAGGGAAACGAUGGGUGAAGGGGAUGUCGUCGCGAGGUAUGAGGAGGAGAUGAGGCAGUAUGCGCGGGAAAGGGUCGGGUUGAGUUGGCAAGGCGGGUAUAAGGCGUUUAAUCUGAGGCCACUGGAAGAAUGUGAGAGGGUUGAGUUGUCAUAG